AUGUCUGGUUACCGAAUCUUUAACACCCACAUCGACAAUAUCAAACAAUACGUUAGCUUACGUAUAGUAGUCUGCGUUCUUCGUGGGGACGCAUAUAUCGGCGGCACCAUCAUUUUCGAGCAGGAGCCUGAAUUGGCACCUACCAAGAUCUCUUACAAUAUCACUGGCAACCAGCCCAAUGCCGAGCGCGGCCUUCAUAUCCAUACAUUUGGUGACAACACCAACGGCUGCACCUCCGCCGGCCCUCAUUUCAAUCCAUUUAACAAAACUCACGGUGCUCCCACUGAUGUAGCCCGCCACGUUGGCGACAUGGGCAAUGUCAGAACAGAUGGCAAUGGUGUCGCCAGUGGGACUAUGAUAGACCAUAUGAUUCGCCUCAUGGGACCACACAGCGUCAUUGGCCGCACCGUUGUUAUCCAUGAUGGAACCGACGACCUCGGAAAAGGUGGCCAUGAGCAGUCUCUUCAAACAGGCAACGCAGGAGGUCGGCCUGCUUGCGGCAUUAUUGGAAUUAGCGUGAAUUAA